AUGUCAACUCAAGAACAGGAACCCGUCAUUACUGGAGGCUGUUUUUGCGGUGGCGCGAGAUACGAGGUGCGAGGGAAGCCCGUCUUAAGCGCUUAUUGCCACUGCACGCUCUGUCAACGGUUCAAUGCCGCGGCAUUCAUCCACACUAUUCACUUUCCUGCGUCUUCAUUCAAAUGGACCACUGCAGAGGACAACCUCCAGACCUACGUCGUCCCUACCAAACCCUGGAAAACGCGGUUCAGAUGUAAGAAUUGUGGUGUGGCCGUCGCAGGGCAUAAUGGGAGGCGCGAUAAGCGGAGCAUAUGGGGUGGGCAAUUGGAUCGAGAGACAGAGGGCGGAAGGAUUAAGAAUUGGGAUAUCGUGAAGCCUAGUGCGCACAUUUUCUAUGAGACGAGGAUGCUGGACGUGAACGACGGGUUGUCCAAGUGGGCUGGGUAUGAGGGCGACUCUGAGAGACUUGGAUAG